GGACUAGUAUCAAAUCGCCGCCGCCGCCUCCGUCAGGCACAGUGAGUGACUCCAGCAGCCCCUCAGCCCCGGAGGUUUGGAUGCGGCAGCCUCAGCGCCCCACUUGCUUUUGGGGGAGGGGGCACGCCAGGUGAAGAAAUUUUCAGAGACACUUAUACAGAAGCAGCAAAGAUUGAAUGAAAACUUGAAACAGAAAGAACCAACUAUACACGUCCUUUUCCAGGUUUUUCAUCUGCCCCAUCUGAGAUUCAUUAUGGUACCUUGCAGUGAGCAAUGACCUCCUCUGAAGAAUAUAGGUGCCAAAAAGACAGAGAAACAGUGGCCUUGUUUCCCUCUUACUUGACAAAGUGAAAUGGUGCUCUUAAGGUGAUACGUGUUUACUACACUUGGAAACCCAAACUGUUGGCUGGACGAUUUUUCCCUGACCUCCACCCCAGUGUUCUGAUGGAUGGUUGACGGUGACAUCAUGUAGUAGUCCCUGAAGUGUUGUCAUAACUGAGUUGCAAUGGUUUUAUACACUUCCCCAUUUCCCAACAGCUUUCUAUCAGUUCUGCAUUCCUUUUCCUGGGGCCUGAUUUUCCCAUGUUAUUGGUUUGCAGACAGGCUUGUGGCCUCCUUUGUUCCUACCACCUAUGAGAAACGUCAAAGGGCAGAUGAUCCGUGCUACUUUCAAGCACUCUGCAUUAUUAUUACCACUCCCAUCUACUUGGCACUGCUGGUGGCAUCUCUUCCUUUUGCCCUGAUUGGCUUCUUGUUAUGGUCACCUCUCCAGUCAGCUAGAAGGCCAUAUAUCUACUCCAGGCUAAGAGACAAGAGCCAGGCCAAUGGCGCUACACUACUUACUGAAUGGAAAGCUGCAGGCAAUGGGAAAAGCUUCUGCUUUGGUAGUGCCAAUGUUUGUCUGCUACCAGACUCUCUGGCAAGAUUUAACAAUGUGUUCAACACACAGGCACGGGCUAGAGAAAUUGGGCGGAGAAUCAGAAAUGGGGCAAGCAGACCACAGAUAAAAAUAUAUAUAGAUUCCCCCACUAACACAUCCAUCAGUGCAGCCAGUUUCAGCAGCUUGGUGUCUCCCCAAGUUGUAGAUAGCACUAAUCGUGCUGUCAAUGUAGGCAUCAAAAGGACAUCAUCUAUGGAGUACAAGGGAGACAAUUCUGGCUCAAAUAACAGUGAGGAUAGCAGAGAUGCGAAAGCUGGAGGGGAACUAAAUGAGGGAGAGGACAACAACACAUGUAUCGUGCGCAUAAGUGGGGAGGAUAAUGGCCACAUUUCAGACACAGAAGCGGAUGCCAUUAGUGGCCAGGCUAAUAUCAGUAGCCCAGCAGAACACUCCUUGGAAGGUGAAAGAGAGAGCCCAAAGGGUCAAAUAUCCAACCAUAAACAGAAAGAAGGAGAUUCUGGGAGUUUAGACAGCUACACUGCCUCACGAGAGUCCCUGGUUAAGGUUCGCAUUGGAGAUGGCACAGUGGACCAAAGUAACAUCAAUAACAAGCUCCUUUACAAAGCCUCAGUCAUGAAGAAGACCUCUGUGAGGAAAAAGAAGCAUAUGGAUGAAAUCUUUGACCAUGAGAUCUCUGCUUUCUUCCCUGCCAACUUGGACUUCCUGUGCUUGCAGGAAGUGUUUGACAAAAGAGCAGCAGAGAAGUUGAAACAGCAGCUCCAUCACUAUUUUGAAUACAUUCUAUAUGAUGUUGGGGUCUAUGGCUGCCAUGGCUGCUGUAGCUUUAAGUUUGUUAACAGUGGCCUGCUUUUUGCCAGCCGCUACCCAGUUAUGGAUGCUGCCUAUCACUGUUACCCCAAUGGAAAAGGAACAGACUCCUUGGCUUCCAAGGGGGCCUUGUUUCUCAAGGUGCAAGUGGGAAAUACACCUCAGGACCAAAGAAUUGUGGGAUACAUUUCCUGCACUCAUUUGCAAGCUCUGGCAGGAGACACUACAGUUCGAUGUGAGCAACUUGAUCUGCUUCAAGAUUGGCUGGCUGAUUUCCGAAAAUCUACCUCCUCCUCCAGCACAGCCAAUCCAGAGGAGCUGGUGGCUUUUGAUGUGAUCUGUGGAGAUCUCAACUUUGACAACUGCUCAUCUGAGGACAAGCUGGAGCAGCAGCACUCCCUGUUUACACGCUACAAAGAUCCAUGCCGGCUUGGUCCUGGGGAGGAAAAACCAUGGGCAAUUGGUACCUUGUUAGAUCCUGAAGGAUUGUAUGAGGAAGAAGUCUGCACUCCAGAUAACCUACAGAAGGUCCUGGAAAGCGAAGAAGGGAGGAAAGGAUACUUGGUCUAUCCCACCAGCAAGAACCAUUCUUCAAGUCAAAAGGGGAGGAAGGCAUCACUAAAAGGCAGUGGGAGGAGGAUUGACUACAUGCUUUACACAGAAGAGGGUGUCUACCUGGAAUGGAAAAUGGAAGUGGAAGAGUUCAACUUUAUUACACAGUUAGCAGGUUUGACAGACCACCUGCCAGUCGCUAUGCGUCUGAUGGUAUCUACAGGGGAAGAGGAUUCUUAAAACUGACCAGCUUAGAAGAUUAGAAGAGGAAACUUUCAAUUUAUGACCUAUAUCAGAGGAUAGAAAAGAACUUUUCUGGUGCCACGUUAGGAAAGAUGACUAGACCUGACCCAGGCUACUCCCCACAACUCAACUGGCUUUCAAGUUCCUUCAAAAUGUACCAGGAUCGGAGGAUAUAAAGGGAAGAAAUUAUGUGGGUUAGGACCAAUAACAAACCAUUGUCACAGGUUGGUCAGGCAACAGGGCAGGGCUGUAUCUCAACGCUUUCACUGUGGACCGAAAGGAACCAAGAUGGAAGUCCUUAUUCCUUUUGAACCAGUGCCAUUCUUACUACAACAUGUUUUUAUACUAAUAUAUAGCACAAUUUAGUUUGUAAUCCGUCUGUGAGUUAGUGCUGCUCAAUGGAUUUUUGCAUAAUAUCUUUGUAAAACUAAGCUAAAGCUUUUUUUUCUUUUCUUUUUCCAAGCCUGUUAAUGUCGUAGUAGCAUGCCUGCAUCAGUAGCAUGCGCCCGCAUUGCAUGCCACUCUAAGAUAAAUAUUCAUUAAGAUAUCAUGGGGGAAAUAAGAAUAGAAAUGGGAAUUAAAAAUCUGAAACUAGCCAAAGAAAAGCAUUCCGGGACUGGCUAAACAUUUUCCAAUGAACUUGAUGGGCUUAAAAAAACAAAACAACAAAACUGUAUCCAAUUGGCAGAUAAUCCUUAAAUGGAGGACUCUGAAAAAGUAAGAUUAUGAUUAAAAAUCUGACAUUAAAGUUUAGGAAUCCAGUCCCACAAUCCUUACUCCAACUAUAGUCCCAUUAAAAUCAACAAGAGUUUUGCCUGAGUAACAGCUCCUGAAUAGAGCACAAGUUUGCUAGCCACAGAAUAUCACUUUUACUUUGAGAAAGAAUAUGGUCCCCUUUUAAUGUCAUAGGCUUCCUUUCCCACAUUUUGGGCAGUUCUGAUUUACAGUAUACGCUAACGUAGAAUAUUAUGGUCAUUUUGAAUAGAUUCACGUGGUACCGUUGGUAAUACCAGAGUCAAUUCUCUGCCUUGACUGGAUACAAUGAAUAAGGAAGGCUUUUAACAAACAUGUGAGACAUAGGAAAAACAAAAAGUGACAAUUUCGGAGUACAGAUGAAGAAAGCAGAGUGUGAUUGACAAAAGACUGGUUAGGACACUGAUUUUCAAAGGAACAAAAAGUGGUGGCAGAAUAAAGAAAGAAAAAAUGGGGAAGUGAAAUGUGAAGACCACACAUGAGAACUCUCCUGCUGAACUGAAAAUAAUUUGUAAUGUUUGGGACACAACCCUGAAUUCUUUGUGCCCUCAGUCUUCGAGUCUUGGCCAGUUAAUUUGUAUAAUUUUGGUGGUGGUUUUCUCUUUCCACUGCACAAACAUGUACAUCAGCCCCUCUGUUAGCAGUGAGUCUUCUAUUUAUUGUCCCAUCCCAGUACCCUACCCUUUUCACCUUCCUACCUCCCUGACUCGUGUAAUUAAAAAGGGGGAUUCAUAACUGAGCUUCUCAGCCCUUUGUCCAUGUAGGGAUGUAAAAUGGGGCAAGAGCAAAGGAGAGGAUGGAAGCAAAGGCGAACACCACACUAAAGAAAUAGGCUUCUCUUCCAAGGGAGAAGUGUAUUCCAUGCAAAAGGAUACCUCUAGGCCCACACAAUCCGCUAAUUACCUGUUGCUCUUUAAUCCAAGCCAUUCCUCCCUAAUCUUGUUCCAUUUUUACAGUGUUUUCCCCAUUCUCUACCAUAAAUAUUGAAUUCACAUCUCAUCUGGGCCCAAACAUGCACC